AUGAAGUGCAGGGGGCCAGACAGCUCACAGUGGGAGAGCAAGAUGCCCCAGAUGACCUCCUUUGUGAGGCUGCUGGCCCGGGAGACAGAGAAGAUGGUGUCCUUCUUCUUCAAGGGAGGACCCGAGGAGGAGGAGGAGGAGGAAGGGCUGGACCGCGACUACUUGGACCGGCCCGUGCUGGACAAGGAGACUGGAGAGGGGGGCGCAUGGGGGGGGCUGCGCUACGCUCUGGCCAGCAUGCAAGGCUGGCGGGCUCAGAUGGAGGAUGCCCACUCGUGCGUGGCUGAGCUGCCAGGAGAGCUGUCCGACUGGUGCUUCUUCGCCAUUUAUGAUGGGCAUGCUGGAUCCAAAGUGGCCCAGUACUGCUCCCACCACUUACUGGAGCACAUCUUAAAAACCGGAAGAGUGAAGCAAGGGGGGGACCCGGAAACUGUGAAGGACAGUAUCCGGGAUGGCUUUCUGACCAUCGACAGCUAUAUGCAUCGCUUGACGAGGUACCAGGGCUGGGACAACAGUGGUUCGACUGCCGUGGCCAUCAUACUUUCCCCUGAGCAUGUUUAUUUCAUCAACUGCGGUGAUUCCAGGGCGGUUCUUUGCCGCGACGGAGAGGUGUGUUUCUACACCAAAGAUCACAAGCCGUUUAACCCUCAGGAGAGAGAGAGGAUUCAGAAUGCAGGCGGGACGGUGACCCUGCAAAGGGUGAACGGCUCGCUGGCUGUGUCCCGGGCGCUGGGCGAUUUUGAUUUCAAGGAGGUGGAGCUGAGGCUCCCCACCGAGCAGCUGGUUUCUCCCGAGCCGGAGGUGUAUGAAAUGGCACGCUCCCCUGGGGAUGAGUUUUUGGUGCUGGCCUGCGAUGGAGUCUGGGACAUCAUCAGUAAUGAAGGUCUGUGUGCCUUCACGAGGAACCGGCUCCAGGUUUGCAGUGAUCUGAAGGAAGUGUGCGCGCAGAUCAUUGACACAUGUCUGUACAAGGGUAGUCACGACAACAUGAGCAUCAUCCUGAUCUGCUUCCCUGGCGCCCCCCAGGUGUCACAAGAGGCACUGCAGCGUGAGGCUGAGCUGGAGGAAGUGCUGGAAAGCAGAGUGGCAGAAAUCUUCGAGGAGUGGCAGGAGGAAGGCGUGCCUGACCUGAUCUAUGUGAUGAAAUACCUGCAAUCGGAGAUAAUCCCAGGACUGCCACCAGGGGGCGGGCUAGCCAGCAAGAGGGACACUGUUAUUUCUGCGUAUCACAAGCUGAGAGCAGAGAAGGGAGUACUCGGAGAGACCACGAAUAUAAACAUUUCAGACGGUUCCAGCUAACAGCCUGUUUCUGUCUCAUGGAAACAGAAUGGCAGCAUAUAAUGUCUCCAUGGAAACACCUCCCUCAACUUCCAGCCCAGUCUGAAAAGCCAGCCAAUCAUAAGCUAGCACAGACUACAAGAUGCCAAAUCCAAAAUGGCUACUGCAGUGCUAUCUUCAACCAGCUUGAUAUUAAAAUUCAAUGUUUCUUCCCCCUUAAAUGUGUAUGAUGUAUGUAAUCUUUGAGUGGUUCUUAUGGCAAUUAUUAAAAUACUGUGCUUUGAUUUUUUUUUUUUUUAGAUAUGUCUACUGUCUGUUAAGUAAAUGUAAUCCAAGAUCAGAGCUAAUCAUUAGAUUAGAGUUUUUGUCAUCAAAAACAUCCAAACCAUGACCAGUCCAGGACAAUGUUGUGUGUCCAUCCUGUUUCAUCACACAUUGCUGCAACCUUUAUUUAAGCAAUACAGGGGAAUAGUGAGGUUUUUGGUCUCACUGGAAAACACUAUAACAGGGCUGGCCAACCCUGGUUCUGGAGAGCCACAGGGUCUUCUGGUUUUUGUUUCACCCGAGAUCUCAAUUACUUAAUUGAACCAAUUAUAUUGUUAAUUGGUCAACACUAACUUUUUGUCCAGGACUUUAGUUGCUGAGGAUUUAGAGAGACCCAGAAAACCUGCGAGACUGUGGCUCUCCAGGACCAGGGUUGUCCACCCCUGCACUAUAAAAUGGGCUUCACUUGUUUACCUGUGAAUGCUUGUUUUAGGUUGCUGUCAAGCUGUCAUGUUGCAAAGCGUUACCUAAGAUAUCAGACAAUUAGAGGCAUCUGAAAUUCACCAUCUUCUUCUCUGUUUGCUACU